AUGAGUGUCGUACCCUCUCAGACAUCUACCAAUCCUUUCUCCCCUGGCGUUCAUGGCCAUAUGACAGGCCCUCAAACCGUAGGCACUCCCUCGUACAUGUCCGAACAACCGCCGCCGUUCAUCCCUGAUGAUCAAAAGGCAAAUAACCUCUAUAAUGCGGGGCCCGGUCAAGUUAUGGGCUAUCCCACUGGUUCAUUUACGCAGAGCCCACCCAGCUCUCCCGCACCACAUCAUCAACAGUCUCUCCCGCCAAAUGCGUUAGAUAUGCAAUUGGUACAGACUCAAUCUGGUCCACCAGCACCAUUCCCAGAAGGUGGUCACCAUGGGGGGCAGACGUUCAUGCCGCCUCCAGUCAAUAUGCAACAAACCGGUCCACCGCAGAGUCCCCAGCACCAGCACAGUUACGAUCCAAACCAGAACCGACUGAGUCAGUAUCCCACUGGUGGCCCGCCAAACAACUACAACCAGCUUAAUUAUCACCAAAAUUCUUGGACUGGGACCUCUCAGCAAAAUAAUGUUUAUCACCACCGACCAUCGGACCCUCCAUAUCCUCCGCCAUCAGUAGCUCCGCCAUCAGCAGCAGCUCCGCCAACCUAUCAGCCCCAGCCGCCGUCGACAGCUCCUAACGUUGUGGUGGUAGGAGGAGGGGGCUAUUCGCCUGCUUUCAUGCCCAUCAUGAUGCAAAAUCAGUGCGUGGGCGGCCACGCCUACAUGAGGAGAUACGGAGUAGCGGGGAUUAUUAUCGCCAUUAUAUUUUUCCCUAUUGGAUUAAUUGCGUUAAGUGUUGAUACCCAGGAAGUCUGUACACGUUGUGGGCAUACAAUUUUCUAA